AUGGGGAAAGAGGAGAAAACCACUGUUGAAGUGAGCGAUGCUGUUGAUCUCGAAAAAGUAUCAUCGAAUAUUGAAUCAGGUGAAAAAAGUGCAAGCAACAAGUUCGUAUAUUCCCCGGAAGAGAAGAAAUUGGUUAGAAAAAUCAAUUUUGCUACCGUUCCGUUUAUAUGUGCGAUUCUGUUUAUCCAGUUUAUCGAUAAGAGCACAUUGAACUUCUCAGCCGUUCUUGGGUUAUACGAGGAUACCAGAAUCACUGGCACAGAAUUUAGUUGGCUUGGUAGUAUCUUUUAUGUUGGCUAUCUUGCUUUUCAGGUAAUUCCGAACCAAUAUUUUCUUCAGCGACUACCAAUAUCCAAAUACCUUGGCUCCAUCCUUGUCGUGUGGGGUGCUUGCUUAGCAUGUAUGGCUGAAGCCAAUAACUUUGCCCAACUGGCUGGUUUGCGUUUCCUUCUCGGAUUUUGGGAAGCUUCGACGUAUCCGUCAAUUUUUUUGCUCAUCAGCACCAUUUAUCGACGAAGCGAACAGGUUGUAUGGUUUGGGACCAUGUUUAUCUGUAACUCUGUUGCGACUAGCUUUGGCGGCUUGAUUGGAUUCGGAAUGGGUCAUAUGGAUGGUUUACAUGGACUCAGUGCUUGGCAAUGGUGUAUGCUUAUCUGGGGUGUUAUCACAUCGGCCUUGGGCUUUGUCUAUUUCUUUCUUUUGCCCGAUCGAGCGAAAUCUCGUUGGUACAAGCUCACUAUCGAAGAAGAGAAGAUUGUGGACGAUCGCACACGGGAUAAUACUGUGGUACAGAACAAGGUUAUUAAGCGUGAGCACAUUUUUGAAGCUUUACGCGAACCAAGAUUUUACUGCUAUAUCACGAUUUCAUUCCUUCUCAACCUGCAGAAUGGAUGCGUUACGAUUUUUUCAUCUCAAAUUAUUAAAAGCAUGGGAUUCACGAACCUCGAGUCGAUUUUGCUUAACAUUCCGAAGGGCUUUAGUACAAUUCUUCUUUUGGUUAUGUCCGUAACCCUUAGUCGCCGCUUCAACGAGAAUGGCUAUGUUGGAGCUCUCAUGAGCAUAGUAUCUUUCUUUGGUGCUCUUUUCCUUACAGUGAUUCCAACAGGUGGUGCUAUGCUCGUUGGUAUCUUUCUCUCCGCCACAUCACCUCCUUACACGCUGCUCCAAACGAUGAUCUCGAACAAUGUUACCGGCUAUACCAAAAAGAUCUUUUACACCGGUGGUAAUUUGGUGGCCUAUUGUAUUGGCAAUUUUGUGGGUCCUUUGAUGAUGGUUGAAACUCAAGCUCCAAGAUACACCGGUGGAAUGAUCGGAUAUAUGGUCGCAGACGUGUUAGCAGCAGCCUUAUUUGUGUAUGUGCGUCGGUCGCUUGCUGCUGAAAAUAGACGCAGACAAAAACUCAAGGAAGGAGGCCAGGUACCCCCAUCUCCCGAAAACAGAGAAGCCGUUGAUUUGACAGAUGUUGAAGACCUCCACUUUGAUUAUCGUCCAUAA